AUGACGUCUGAACAACAUCUAGUUUCUCUUCUAACUUUGCCAACUGAACUUCUUUAUCGAAUUUGUGAUUUUCUCGAUACUGAAACAAUCGUUCUUUCAUUUCGUUAUGUUUGUGUACAAUUAUUUGCCGUUACAGAAACAUAUAAUCGAUAUAAAAUUCAUUGCAAUUCUACGUCAACGAUAAAUAUCUGUCGAAUUAUUUCACCUAGAAAUAUUAUAUCGUUGAACUUUGAGAAUGAAAAAAAUACAAAUAAUUGGAUCGAACUAUUCCUCUCGAUUACUGACAUUUAUCAAUUUACUCGACUUCGUUCAUUUAGUAUUCGUCAUAUUAAUGAUACUAAUUUAAAUAUUAUUUUACAUCAUAUUUCAAUAAACUGUAAAUUGACAUCAUUUUUCAUCUAUUCUGAUAUUUUGCAAGACAAUCAUAAUGCAUUAAAAAUUCUUUCUUCAAUUAUUGCACAACCUAGUCUUCAUAAUGUUGUAUUAAAUUUUAAUCUUAGUAAUAAAGAUAAAUUCUUAUGGCCAUCUCAAUCUAUGAUUACCAAUCUUUCGUGUGGUACAUGUACUAUUAAACAAUUCUGUUCUAUUCUUCAACAUUCACCUUAUCUUCAUACUUUAACUAUAGAUACUUGUCAAAUUAGUGGAUUUGAUGAAAAUUUUCUAUUAAACACUUAUACACAAUUAAAUUCUUUAACAAUUAAUGAUAUGCAGAUGACAAUGGAUAAACUUGAAUUUUUUCUUUCAUUUCUCCCAUCACUUACUCAUUUCGAUCUAACUAGUUCGGGAAAACCAUUCGAAUUUGUUCAACGUUUAUCUCGAUGGGAAGAAUUUAUUCGAUUUCGAUUACCUCGACUCAAUCAAUUUGAAUUUUGUAUUUUUUGUUAUUGUACUGAUUGGGAAAUUUUUGAUAAAGUAAUAGCUGCAUUUCGAACUUCAUUCUGGCUCGAAGAGAAACAUUGGUUUGUGACAUGUCAAUUUCGUGACGAUUGGACUUCAAGUUUUACCGUAUUUACUUCACCGAAAUUAUCAAACGAAUCUUAUCGACGAGAAUGUAACUUUGAUAAAAUUAUAUGCUCAAAAUAA